AUGGCAUGCCAGGGACCCCUCCUCCUGCUCCUUCUCCUCCUCCUGGCCCGCACCACGGUCCAGGGGGAGUAUGGCGUGGCCCAUGUGGUGGCGGGGACAUGGAGCAAAGACUACUGCGUCCUCUUCAGCUCUGACCAGGUCACCCUGCCCAGAGAACUGCGCCACGCCCCACUCCUGCCCCUGCACGAUGGCACCACCACCUCCUGGUGCCCGGGCGAGACCUCCUCCUCCUCCUCCUCCUCCUCUCAGGUCCUGGCCCGUGCCCCCCGGCCCCUCCACCACACCACUGCCAUGGUCCUGAGAGGCAACUGCAGCUUCCACGCCAAGGGCUGGCUGGCUCAGGACCACGGCGCCCACGGGCUGCUCAUCGUCAGCCGGGCCAACGGCCAGCAGUGCUCUGACACCCCAGGAGCCCCCCAGGAGCCCAUGAAGGCCCUGCCUGACCUGGCCAUCCCUGUGGCUGUGCUGCGCUAUGCCGACAUGCUGGACAUCUUCAGCCACACGUGUGGCCACCCUGCCCCAGUGCGCGUGGCCCUCUAUGCGCCCCCUGAGCCCAUCCUCGACUACAACAUGGUGGUCAUCUUUGUCCUGGCCGUGGGCACCGUGGCCGUGGGCGGCUACUGGGCUGGUGUGACCGAAGCUGACCGGCUGCAACGGCACCGGGCCCAAGGAGGUGGAGGCGGGGGGCCCGGUGGUGACCCCCACACUGAAGCCACGGCUGUCACCACCACUGGGGCCCAGGCCAGGCUGCUGGAGGAAUAUGAUGAAGACACGCCCGUGGACUUCUCCCCGGCCAUGACGGGCGCCGUGGUGGCCAUGUCCUGCUCCAUCAUGCUACUGCUCUACUUCUUCUACGACCACUUCGUCUACGUCAUGAUCACCAUCUUCGGCCUGGGCGCGGCCACGGGCCUCUACGGCUGCCUGGCGCCCCUGGUGCGUCGCCUGCCCCUGCAGCAGUGCCAGUGGGCCCUGCCCGGCCACCGUGCCUGCCUGCCUCUGCCGCUACUGCUGCUGGCCGGCCUGUGCGCCAUGGUGACCGCCCUCUGGGUGACCUACCGCAACGAGGACCGCUGGGCGUGGCUGCUGCAAGACACGCUGGGCGUGGCCUACUGCCUCUUGGUCAUGCGACGCGUGCGGCUGCCCACGCUCAGGAACUGUACCUCCUUCCUGCUGGCCCUGCUGGCCUUCGACGUCUUCUUCGUCUUUGUCACCCCGCUGUUGACCCGCACAGGUGCGAGCAUCAUGGUGGAGGUGGCCUCGGGCCCCACCAACUCCCUGAGCCAGGAGCGGCUGCCCAUGGUGCUCAAGGUGCCGCGGCUGCGGUUCUCAGCCCUCACGCUGUGCGAUCAGCCCUUCUCCAUCCUGGGCUUCGGGGACAUCGUGGUCCCCGGCUUCCUGGUGGCCUACUGCCACCGCUUCGACGUGCAGAUCCACUCCCGCCAGGUCUACUUUGUGGCCUGCACCGUGGCCUACGCCGUGGGGCUGCUGGUCACCUUCCUGGCCAUGCUGCACAUGCAGAUGGGCCAGCCCGCCCUGCUCUACCUGGUGUCCAGCACGCUGCUCACCAGCCUGGCCGUGGCCAUCUGCCGCCAGGAAUUCACGCUCUUCUGGACGGGCCAGGUCAGAACCAAGUGCCCCGCCCGGCUCCCGGUCAGCCAGUGCUGGGUCCCUGCAGCCGGCUCUGGGCGGAGGGGCCCGGCCAGUGAGCUGGAGGACUCAGCCGAGCACCGGCCCAUGGCUGCAGGCGACAACCUGGAGGAGGAGGAUACAGCCGAGAUCAUCACCAUCUCCGAGGACGAAGCCAGCGGCCUGGGGAGCCCCACGGAGAGUUCGGAGGGCUGGAGCGACACCGACCUGGAUGCCGCCGGGGCCUCGGACGAGCGGCUGCCGCUGAUGCCUGUGGCCAUGCUCAUUCCACUGAUGCCACUGAUGCCCCCACCCUCGGAGCUGGGCCACACCCACCCCCAGACCCAGGACGCCAGCAUGCCCUGGAUGGGCUUCCACAAGCGAAGGGGCCUGCACGUGAAGAGGAGCAGAUCCACCCAGGCGCCCCUCUGA